AUGGAUACUGAAAUGGCGAAGAAAGUCACGGCGAUGUUUGAUCACCGGCGGCUAAACCGCUCCGGAUCAUCACUGUUCACGGCGUUUGCUGCCACAGUUAUGGCUCUGAUCGUUUUCACGAUCGUUCUCAUCUCUAAUCUAUCGUUGGGAGAUGUCUCAGCAGAGGUCUUGACAAUAGAGAUCAAGACAGUUGUUCCUUACUUACCUCUAAGCUCAGAGAAAGAGCCAAGCCAAGGCAAAUCCUUCUCUAUCCAGCAGAAAAUCACAGUCAACGAGAAUCCUCUUCAAGUCAUUGAAGUUUUUAGCGGCAGAGGCGUGUCGGAGAAGUUUCAGCAGAGAGCAACAGAGUUUCUAAGAGACGACUGCGAUGUCAGUUUCAUGAUGACAUGGAUCUCCCCUGCGGAGUUUUUCGGUAAGAGAGAGGUUUUGUCCGUCGAGAGCGUUUUUAAAUCUCAUCCUCGAGGUUGUUUGAUCAUUUUAUCAUCGACAAUGGAUUCUCCUCAAGGUUUCAGAAUCUUGAAACCGUUUCUUGAUCGAGGUUACAGAGUUAUGGCGGUCACGCCGGAUUUGCCAUUUCUUCUAAAGGAAACCGCCGGAGAAUCGUGGCUUGAGGAGAUUCAGACAGGGAAAAGAGAUCCAGGGAAGAUUCCAUUAGCUCAGAAUCUGUCGAAUCUCAUGAGACUCGCGUUUCUGUUCAAAUUCGGAGGUGUUUAUUUAGACACGGACAUGAUUGUUCUCAAGAGCUUUAAAAGCUUAAGGAAUGUGAUCGGUGCGCAGACUCUCGAACCGGUUUCGAGGAACUGGACGAGACUGAACAAUGCGGUUUUGGUCUUCGACAAGAAUCAUCCUUUCCUACUCAAAUGUAUCGAAGAAUUCGCGUUGACUUUCAACGGAAAUGUUUGGGGUCAUAACGGUCCGUACCUUGUCUCUCGUGUGGCUCGAGCCGUGGAAGGAACAAGCGGUUAUAACUUCACUAUCUUGACACCUCCUGCGUUUUAUCCGGUGAAUUGGGUUGAGAUUGAGAAGCUGUUUAAGGUUCCAAGAACAGAGAAGGACUCCAAGAGAGUCGAGGUUAAGGUUCGUGAGAUGCAUAAGAGAAGCUACGGGUUACAUCUGUGGAACAAGUUUAGUAGUAAAUUUGAGAUUGAACAAGGAAGUGCCAUGGAUAACGUUGUUUCAGAUCAUUGCGUUAUCUGUGAGAAAGUCUCUGUUUCAUAA